CGCGGACGUCAUCACCUGUGCAUCUUUAAACAUUCUUAAUGCUGAGACUAAUGAGCUGAAAAUAUCAUUUGACACCGAAUACAUCACUUCAAAGAAUAGAAACUACUUUUGAAAACUUCCGCUGGUGCUGAUACAUUCUACAAGUGCCACAUGUAACGCACGUGUCGUCCGGUUCCAGGAACUGCUACAGUAUUAACCAUUUGUCGUCCAAAAUUCCCAACGCCCAAGUUAAAUUCAGGAUUAUUCUAUUCAUACAUCCAAGCCAUUAUUUCGCCAGUGAAAUGAAUAUAUGACUGAUGUCUGUCAAACAGUAUAACUAUUGCACAGAAUUGCCAGCGACAGCAUUAAAAUUUCAACAGUCCAGACAGGCACCCGAGGCGCACCCCAGGGUGAGUUUACAGCGAGCCCGGAUCUGGAAAUCCAUGACGUGGAUUACCACUCUCCUUGUCCAUGUUGUGACUACCAUCAAACAGCAACCAAGUGAAGCCUUCUAGCUCUCAGCCAUUGCGUUGAAAUUCGCUUUGAAUUGCACGAGAAGAUGGCUGAUUUCGGAGAUGAUACCGGUGCUCGGGCCUUGCUGGCGUUAAAGUCUGCACCGUGUAGUCCUGUCAGAGUGGCUAUUCCGCCGAUAUACACACUCUCGUCGAAUUCGGCCGGGAUCACAUCCAUGCCCCUCUCACCUCCAGCACCGGCCCUUGCACGCCUGGAAGGCAGGGACUUCGAGUUUGUAAUGCGGCAGAGGACAGUGACGGUGGGCCGGAAUUCAUCGCAUGGUUCGGUGGAUGUCAACAUGGGUCAUUCUAGUUUCAUAUCCAGGCGGCAUUUACAGAUCACAUUUGAAGAGCCAAACUUUUAUUUGCGUUGUCUUGGAAAGAAUGGUGUGUUUGUAGACGGUGUAUUCCAGAGGAGAGGGGCUCCACCACUUCAAUUACCAAACGAAUGCACAUUUCGGUUCCCAAGUACAGUUAUAAAGAUCCAGUUCACGGCGCUAUACUUCAAGGAGGUGUUGAAAGAGGAGGCCCCCAUGUCGCCAGUGAGGCCCCUCUACCCCCAGAUCUCGCCGCUCAAAAUCAACAUUCCCGACAACGACUUCAAGUCCAUGAUGAGUCACGAGGAGAUGCUGCCCUCGCCCACCGGAACCAUCAGUGUCCCCAACUCCUGCCCGGCGAGUCCUCGCGGCGCCGGCUCGUCUGGCUACCGGUUUGGUCGCAACAUCACCUCGGAGCUGCAGCUGGCCGCCGAGUACGCCGCCAAGGCCGUCUCCGAGCAACAGCACCGGGAGAGCUCCGGCAGAGACAGCCCCAAGGAUGAGUCCAAACCCCCGUACUCCUACGCACAGCUCAUCGUCCAGGCCAUCUCCUCGGCGCAGGACCGACAGCUGACACUAAGCGGCAUCUACGCCCACAUCACCAAGCAUUACCCUUACUACAGGACGGCAGACAAGGGCUGGCAGAACUCCAUUCGGCAUAACCUGUCGCUCAACCGCUACUUCAUCAAGGUGCCGCGCUCGCAGGAGGAGCCAGGCAAGGGCUCGUUCUGGCGGGUGGACCCGUCCACAGAGGCCAAGCUGGUGGAGCAGGCCUUCAGGAAGCGACGCCAGAGAGGGGUGUCUUUCCGCACCCCCUUUGGACCCCUCUCCUCCAGGAGUGCCCCGGCGUCCCCCACCCACUCGGGCCUGCUGUCGCCGCACUCCAGCGGUCUGCAGACCCCAGACAGCCUCUCCAGGGAGGGCUCCCCCGUCCCCCACGAACACGACUUCAGCUCCAAGCUGGCCUCCGUGCCCGAGUACAGAUACACUCAGAGCGCACCAGGCUCUCCGGUGGGCUCCCAGCCGGUGAUCAUGGCGGUGCCGGCCCAGGCCUCGGCCGGCAUGCCCAAGCCGCUGGCCUACAUGCCGGCCUCGCUGCUGUCCCAGCAGGCUGCGGGGCAGGUGCCGCAGGCCAUCCACGUGGUGCAGCAGGCGCCCGCCGUCACCAUGGUGCGCGUGCUCACCACCACCACCUCCGCCAGCUCCCCCAACGGCUACAUCCUGGCCAACGCCAGCGAGCACCGAGAAGAGAUGUCGAGCGGCGCGCACCCCUCCAUGCCCACGGGCAGCAGCAGCAGCAGCAGUAGUGUGAUCCAGGCGGUGAGCAGCCACCUGAGCGCCAGCAGGGGGCAGCAGAGCUUUGCCAUCGUGCAGCCAGCGGGCGCCGCCACCUCCACCACGACUGUGGCCCUGGGCCACCACCAGCUGCCCGUGCAGGCCAUCACCCAGAACGGCAAACACGCGCUGCCCGCCACCACCAUCUCCCCCAACGCCUACGCGCUCACCAACCCUCUUCAGAUGCUGGCGGCCCAGGCCUCCAGCUCCCCGCCGGCCGUGGUGACCCGGCCCCACAGUAGGGACGGUGGAGACGAGGCCUCCUCAGCCGCCUCCAGCGCCAGCGCGGGGGAACCUGAGGCCAAGCGACCCAAGAUGGAGGAGGACGGAGUCAGCCCCGUGCCCCAGCCAGUCAUAGUGGCUAUGACCCAGGAGCCCAGCGAAUGAAUGAAUGGAUGGAUGGAUGGAUGGAUGGAUUGAGUGAAUGAAUGAAUGAAUGAAUCAAAGGAGUCGCCUUGAGUGUGUGAUUGAGAGCAGAAAAAGGGGGGGAUGGAUGAGCAGCCUGGAAACCUGUUAUGUCAUGUCAUGUCCUGCAAGUAUCUUCAGCUCAAGGUGCCAAAACUAUUUUGGAGGGGUGGGGGGAGGGUCCUCUUUCUCUCUUUCUUUCAUUUAUUUUUCUUGUUUUCAUCAUCUGUAUUUUUUUUCUUUACUCUGUCAUCUUUUGUUUUGUUGUCUGGUUCCUGUGUUGUCAGUGAACUGCAGCGUGUGUUUAAUCUGGCCGUCAGCUCAGUUGUUCAACCACCAAAUGAGUUGUUGUUGUGAAUGGUUGUCACAGCAACCGGUUUAAGCAUGAAAUGACUGCAUUAGUGUGUCUGGGGUUAAAAAAACAAACAAAAAAGCCUUACAUGGUUUUAAACACUCAGACCAUUUAAAAAAUAUAUCUUCCUUUCUUAAAUUUGUGUCUGCAACAAGGAUAAGAAAUGCCUCCCUUGCAUUAGUUCCUGCACAAGAUGUUUUAUUUGUUUAUUCACACGUCCUUCAUUUCUUUCUUCUUUUUUUUCUUUUCUCUCUAUCUUUUGUUUUUGGUUGUUUUGCUUUUUUUUUUUUCAACAAAGGUACCAUUGAGAAAGUACUUAAUUUGGGUUGGGGGUGGGACCAAGUUCUAAGCAGCUAUCAUCUGGUCUGUAGACGGCAGUCUCUUAGUAAAAAAAAUAAACAAAGCAUUAUUGUGUUUUUGACUCGACGAGCCGCUGCGGUUCUAACCCCGGCAGGCUGUACUACUACUUUGAUAAGGAUUUAUUUAUCUGUCUGUCUGUCUCUCUCUCUCUCUCCCUCUCCCUCUCUGAUACAUGCCUGCAUUGUUUAAAAAGUUUUCUACUGAGACUAGUUUGUUACAGGCAAAAAAAGCACAUAAACAUGACAGUAAUUUUUAGAUAGAGGCCUUUUUUAUGUAGUAGGUACUCUUUAACACGAUAGUACAACAUAUUUUUCUAUGAAGAACUCUUUAUCUUGCUGAAGAUAUAUUGAGAUAUUAUCAAGACACUUGUUUGAAAAUGAAAGAAAGGAAAAAGAAAAACAGUCAAAAAAAAAAUUCUAAAUUGGUCCAUGUACAGUGCAGAAAUCAGAUGAUCUCAGUUUGAAUGUAACCUUCUGUUUAUUUCUCACCUUGGUGGAAUGGUUUCCUGAUUAAUCCCUGCAAAGUCCUGAUUGUAGUCAUCAGGAGAAAAUGAUGUGUUAGAAAUUUGCUUCACCAUGUUAGGAGGCGAUUUUGUUCACACACACACACAAAAAAAAAAGAAAACAGAGCAAAAAAUAAAGAAUUUCUGUUUGGUAGAAUAUUGUAUUCAAGAUGUAGCACAGACAUUACUUGCUAAAUUCCACUGUUUUGAGAUAACUCACUCACUCUUGCUCUUUCACUCUCUCUUUUUCUCUUGCGGUCAUCUUUCUGGGUCUAUAAGGGCAACACACAGUUUUAUAAUACUAUAUCUGACCCUUGUAAAGUUGACAACGCUGGGAAGGGAAUAUCUCAACUUGGCCAAGGGGCUAGAGUACAGACUUCGGACUUAACCAAAUAUGCUCACGUGUCCCAUUAUGAAGACCUAGGAAUGUAAAGAGUUAAUGAUGUAGCCCAAUUGGAAUGAUGCUGAACUUGGGGAGGCUGAUGAAAAUGAAUGUCUAACUCUGUUGAAUGUUCUUGAAUAUUCUUCUUAAGACCUUCUUUAUAGGUGUUUUUUUUUUUUUUUUUUAAAUAAAUGGCUUCUUAGUUUCGCUAAUUUUAUUUUGUAUCUGUGAAGUAUUAAUCGGUCUAAAAGCGAAGAUGAGACGUUUUUUGGCAACUUGCGUUCACAAUGAGCAAAAUCAACUUUAUUUUGUGAGAUUUUCUUCUGUCUGGAAAAUCCUAGUUGACUAUGAGGAUGAUGAAUGGUAGUAGGAGGAUUUGUAAUGGCUGGAACAGUGUGCCAGCCUCUUCAUAAAAUGGCUGACUGCCGCGGACUCUCUACAACAAAUCCUGCCUGCAUGUCUGGUUCACCAAAGCCUGGCAGUCCCAUAGGCUAGUGUGCUGAGAGGCUCGGGUGCGGGGCUUUUUUUAUGACCGCGGUUGAAGCAGAUUUCCUUUUCAAGUGCCUUAGAUUACACCACUAUCUUCACUUAAAAGGAAAGGCAUUAUAAUACACAGAGCAGGGAAUUCUCAUUCAUGCUGUUUGAUUUGAAAAAGAAAAAACUUUUUAAGGGGAUGUUUUUUUUUAAUCAGAUACGCAUCCUGCGUUUCUCCAAGGCCUCUGAAAGAUGUAUUGUGUUAUUAAUCAUGUCACUCUUUUAAGGAUGAUUUUUCUUUGCCCGUUGAUUUUCUCGCAAGCUAGGUAGACCACAUUCAUUUCCGUACUGCUGGGGUGGGGUGCUGGAUAGGGCUGUCUGGAUGCUUGGAAGAGGUGUACAGAUGAAACACUUCAAUCAGGCGUCAUCACCUACAGUAAAACAACGUGGCCAGAAUUUGGAGGGGUUCCGGAAUCAGCAGAGCCCCGUCCACUCUCCUGUACUCUCCUCCUCCAUCACAGAAGCAGCAGCCUCAUGGGCAAAGCAUCUAAACCCUACAUACUGUAGGUCUAUGGGAACUAUGCUUGUGAACCGACGCGCUUAAAGUCGCUCUGCGUAAGGGCUCUAGCUAAAUGUAACACGGUGGCUUUGAGGAGAAUCUAUUCUCACCAGAUUUGGACUCCCCCCACAGAGUCUUGUUUACACCAGUGCAGUGCAUUCAUAAACCCCAAGAUAUCCCAUAUUUAUCUUGUUCUUCUUUCCUAUGUUUUUAAAUUUAGAUUGUAGUAUUGUUCUGAGCAGUUAUUGACACUUUUUUUUCUCCCGACUAACCACCCUGUUCUAUUUUACCAAACUGAAUGGCUGUAUACUGGACUUACUUUAUAUGUAAUGUCAUGUUCUGGAACUAAAUGCUUUACUCUGCUUACUGUCUCUUACUGUCAAAUAAUGUAAUAUUGGAUGUUAUGCGGUAUCCAAGGUAAACGUCAUAUUGGAGGCAGAUUGGGUCUAAUUUCAGCCAUGUGAAAUUGAAGAUUUUGGGUAUGACAGUGGUUAAAUUGGCUUUCGUAAGGGCUUUCAACUUCGCAGUAACCAAUAUCUCAUGGUGUUGUACUACUAUGUAUACUGAAGCAGAGAGAACAGAGUUUGGGCUGGCUGCAUGGUGAGAAUAUGGACCUUAAACUGCAGAAUACUCCGGCUGAAUUUGAAAACCGGUGUAUAAAAUGUGUAUUGAUCCCUGCUUCAAAACAAUUCUCAAAUGCUGAGAGAAAGAAAUUAAAUAUGUUUAUCAGGUCUGCUUGAUUUUUUUUUUUUUUUAGUUUAAAUUGCUUUCUGGAACUUUCUAACUGUGCUGUAAUUUUCAACUUUUUUUCUUUAUCUUUCACCCAAACAUUUUUUUUUGUUUGCCACCUGUUUUGUUGUUGCCUGUGUAUAGUCAGUCAGUAGAUGUGUUUAGUGCAAGCAUUUCUCACUUACGCUUCAGUGUAAUAAACAAUUGAAAAACUCAAUAGUA